AUGCACCACCACAAGCGCAACUCGACCCUCCACCAGGUCGUCUCGCCACAGAGACCGCCCUCUGCUCCGACUCCUACUGCCGGUUACACACAAAACCCCAGCACAUCCAUCGAACAGGCCACCCCCAUCUCCUCUAAGCUCGUCUGUGUCGCCAUGGACCACCACGGCCACCCGCCAUUGCAUCUGCCAUCUCCACCACAGAUGCCGGGCCACUAUCACUGGCUCCUGCAUCUGCCGCCGGCCUUUUGGGCUCACAUGAACCUCUACCUCGACUACCACGACAUCCUCAACCUGUCCAUGCUCAGCUCGCAGUUUCGCGCCGUGCAAGUCGAAAAAUACCUGCCCUGGACGGCCCGACACGCCGCCGUCGCACGCUGUGAUCGCGAGGCGGCAGCGCUCGUCGCUCGGAGGCACGGCUCGCAGUACUGUGCCUGCUACAUCUGCUUCCGCAUGAAGCCCGUCGACGAGUUCCAGCGUCCCUCGGACGCGUACACCUUUGCCCGUGUCAUCCAGCGCGACGCGUACACCGGCCGCCGCAUCUUUGAGCCCGUCGGUGAGCCGUUGCCGGGCGAGGUCGGCAACAUUGUGCAGCCGCCAUCCAUGCCAUCGUCGCCGGCCGGCAUGGGCAUGGGCAUGGGCAUAGGCCUGGGCAUAGGCAUAGGCAUGAUGGGCAUCGGACCGUCAGGCUCCGACCUGACAAGACCGGUGCCCGGACACAUGCCAGUACUGCAGAUACACACGUCGCGUGGACCAGUGGCGAUAGUGUCCCGAUCCGGGUGGACGCCACAGGCUCCAGGAGCCGAAGUUGGCCAGAUCGAGAGCUUGCGACGGUACUGCAUAGACUGCGCCCUGGAGACACGCCUGCUGGUGCCGGCAGACGUGACCACGACGCAGGACAACCAGCGGCUGUGGGUGUGUCGCUGCCGGGAGGCAUGGCCAGAGACGGUCAGGCGCUGCGACUCGUGCCAGAUGAACCAAGUCUUCCGAGACUGA